AUGGCCAACAAACCAGGUCUAACCAUCCAUGGCGACAGCCACGACAACAGUCGGGAUGAACAACAGCAGUCGGAUGCCACCAAUGAUUCGUCUUUCGUUCAAGAAGGCCCAUCCCACGAUUUACUAGUGGCCAAUCCGAUCAACGAGCAAGACGAAACUACCGCAAAAUUGGGUCUCCCCCAAGCCAAAGAAUAUGAUCCCGAAGCCUCGGGACCACACCGCAGCCAUGGUCAUUCCAAAGAUGAGCAUACUGCCAACAAAACCUGGAUCGUCUGGGCAGUCGGUAUCAUCUUGGUUGCAGCCAUUACAAUGAUCUUGGUCUUCACAUUGGCAGAUGGAUCCAACAGCAAAGGCUCCGUUGCUGCUCAAAACGAUAGAAAUACCCCACCAGUUUCUACGAAUGGGACCGGCACACCACCAGCUCCCCAGACUCUCGAGGAUCACAUCCUCUCUCUGCUGCCAGACAACACACAGUUGAGCCAAGCUACUUCUCCUCAGUAUCGUGCCUACAAUUGGAUUCUGGAAGAUUCCUCAAAUGCACAAUACGCGGACUGGCGAAUCCAGCAAAGGUAUGCACUUGCCACGCUCUAUUUUUCCACGGAGGGUGACAGUUGGACGGAAAAUGGCAGCUGGCUGAGCUAUAUUGUUCAUGAAUGUGACUGGUAUGGAAAGCAUUCCUUUGCCUUGAAGGAAACCCUGGUCCACAUAUAUGACGGAUACCUGGAGGACUUGUUUCCUCCCACAGAGCCUCCACCCACAACCUGCCACGAGGAUGGAUCCUAUCAGCAUUUGUGGCUUGAUCAGAACAAUCUCAUGGGUUCACUGCCACAAGAGCUGUACAUGCUGACAUCUCUGAAAGACUUUGUCCACUGGUGGACCAGAACAAUUCCGUCCGAGAUUGGACUACUCACCCACCUGCAAGUUUUGUCUUUGCAUGACAAUAAUCAUGAGGGAUCGAUUCCAUCAGAGAUUUGGCAGCUGACCCAACUGGAAUUCUUCGUCCCAUCUCGAAACCUUGCCCUCAAGGGCACAAUUUCUACAGAAAUUGGAACGCUUUCCAAGCUCAAAUGGUUUGUUAUGGAAGAAUGUGGACUGACAGGAACACUUCCGACCGAACUUGGCCAAAUAGAGACUCUUGAAUGGCUAGUCCUUCCUGGCAACCACCUAUCUGGCACGAUACCAAAUGAGCUAGCCUUGAUUCCAAAUAUGCUCUUGAUUUCCUUGUAUCGAAACCUGCUGGAGGGGACACUGCCUACAGAGCUUGGAUUAUUAACAUCAUCCACAUUGUUAUUGUCCUUUCGUGGGAAUCUUCUAACUGGCACAAUCCCAACAGAGCUGGGCGUUUUGACAGCCUUGACAUUGGGCAUGAACUUUGAAUCCAACCACUUCUCGGGAACACUCCCUACUCAGCUCUCCAACAUUCGAUCCGUGUAUGAGCUGUCCUUUCUUGACAACAACUUGACAGGCAGCAUACCCAGUGAAUUUGGGCUCCUCGCUUCAGUGGGGCGCCUGAAUCUUGGCAGUAAUUUGCUUACUGGAACCAUCCCCCAUGAGCUGUCUGCUCUACGGCAAUCUUUGUAUGUGCUGACUUUGUCUGGCAACGAGCUAUUGUCAGGGACAAUCCCAGAGUCCUUGUGCAACAUCAAUGGCACUUGUCAGGGGAACAGUUUUUCCGCCUGUGUCCAUGUUGAGGGUCUGCAUUUUGACUGCUCUGGUGCACUGUGUGGUUGUGGCUGCUCUUGUGAAAUGUAG